CUUGUGGUAUGAAUUCCAUGCAUACCAACCCGCUGUUGUGAAAAGAAGAACUGUUAUGGUCCAAUAUUUUCAACAUUGUACCGGUAGACCUACACAUUGUACUACAUUGUAACAUACCACUAGUAUACGACCGAUACGAGAUCACGAAGCGUCGGCGGAGUGCCAUAGCCAGCAAUACCAAGUGAAGGCCCAAGCGGGUUGCAAAUUCCUUACAUUCUUUGCUUAGUCAAGGAGCUUAACAAAGAAAUGAACGAUUAAACAGACCUAAUAUUGUUCUGUUGUGACAAAAACAUCGUACGAGAAACAUUCAUUGAAAAAGAUUUUUUUUUUUCAAAUAUUUCUCGAACUUAUGAAUUUACAAGAGAUCUAUUUCAUUAAAAAAAUAGGGCAUAUAGCUUUUGAGUAAAUUCACAAAGGGUCCUAUAUUAAUAGGAAAUAUCUUGAUAUGGAUUCCAAAUCUAUGAUUAAAUAGAAUAGAUUUUACAGUAAAAAUAUUUGAGUGAAUGAUAGCUAGUCAAAUGGAGACCCCACUAGAUGUCUUAUCAAGAGCAGCUUCCAUGCUGGAAACCACAGAAAUUAACAGUUCAUUUUAUAAGAGAUGUAUACAGAUUGAUCCACGAGAUUCACCGAACAGAGAAGUUAGAGCCAAGUGUUUUAAAACAGACAGGUUAAAAGAUAUAUCUGGCUCAUCGGAAAUUCAAAUUGAUGAACGACAUUUUAGAGAAUUACGUAUUGAGAAAACAACAGCAGGAACACAAACGCAGCUGUCAAGUAUAAAUGGUAGAAAUGACAUCAAUUAUAGAUCAUAUUAUUAUGAAAAUGAGAAUUGUCUCCCCCCUCCACCGCCACCACCACCACUACCAAUUUCUGUAGACUUGCAUGAACAGAAGUCUCCACUUAAUCUCUCACUAUCAAAUACUAAUAAUACUGGAGAAAGCAAUGUGGCUAUACAAUACAGGUCGGAUAUAUUAACCUGUCCAACAACUCUACCACCAAGAUAUCCUGUCUCUCCUCACACUACCAGUAUCAAUACAUCUCAAACAAAAGCAGUGGUUACAGAUCCUUUGAUAGAUGAACAUUUCCGCCGUUCAUUAGGUACUACCUAUAGAAAGGAAGCAGUCUCACAAAAUACAGGCACAGAUGUAUCUCCUAUAGAUUUUACCUCUCCAGAUGAUCCUAAUAACUCUAUAGCAGGCAGUGUUGAUGAUCAUUUCGCUAAAUCACUCGGCGAUACCACAUGGACAGCUAUAAAGGCAAAAAAUGACCUGGUCGCCUUAGAUAUGUUUACAGGAACUGUGGAUGACCAUUUUGCGAAAGCGCUUGGUGGCGAAACAUGGCUUAAAAUCAAGGCCAAAAAAGAAAACAGUUGUAGUGCCUCGCCUGAACCAUGUACUCAGCAGCAAUUCAUAUUAUGAAAACAAUGAACUCUUGGUUUUGUAUAGUAAAUGUUAUGCAAAAGGUGUUGUGAAGAGCUCACAGUUUGCUCCAUAAAUUCCAUCAAGGUUGACUGAAAGAUUUAUAAUAUUGCAGAUAAACUGGAGAAAAUGUUCAAAUGAGUUUUUGUGUAUGGUAAUCAUUAUAAUGUGAACGACUCUCAGUGUGGAAGUAUUGUUAUUUUGUUUUGCUUGAUUGUUGUUUUUAUUUUAACAUGGCAACCAUUUUGUUGCUAAGGGCCUACUGUAUGUAAUAAUUGCUUAUUAUUAUUGAGUUACAUGUAUUUAUAUAAUUGUUGAAGUUAAUGAUGUAUAUAUGUGUAUUUUGUGAGUUGAGCAUCAGAAUAACUAUCAUCAUUUAAAAAUAUUAUAGUGCUUAUUAUAAAAAGGGUAAUCACAUAUCUCUUUCCUUCUAUAGUGCUUCUACAUGUAUAUAUUGAUCAUUUGAUAUUUGAGCUUAAUCAUAUUUACUUACAGAACUUUAUAAUUACCUACAGUUAUUCAAUGUCUCAUCAACUUAAUACUUUUGUCAUUUUGAGACUAUCAUACAGUUAUUCUGUUUAUAUGGUCAUGCGUGCAAUGCUAGGAAAGAGAAUUUUUCCAAGACAGCAGGGACUUCUCUCUGGUCUUUGAAAAAUUACAACUGUGAAUGCUUCUUUGACGUGCACAUUAAUGUGUACAUGAGUGGACCUUUGUUUUUAGGCCAUCUGAAUGACUAGGCAAUACCUUACUUGCCAGCCCUGCAGGUCCUGAGUGGGAAUCAGGUAUGAAAUAAACAAGAUUCUUUUCAGUCUACAUUGGGAUUCUGGGCAAUCUAAUCCAGUUCCCUUACACUCGACUAUCCAGCUCCCCUACUGUUUUUAUGACACAGACAUUUUGAAGCAUAUUUUACUUUCUGAUGACUGGUUUAUUUGAAAAACAAAAUAUAUCAGUUCUCAGAAUUGGAUGGAAUGAAAUUUUUGUGUCUUCUACUAUAUUUUACUUCAAUCAAGAGUUGGUCAACUAACUGCUUGUUUGAUUUCACAAGCUCUUUAAGAUGCAUUAUGUAAGAGCUAAAUCUGCCUAUUACAGGUUUUUAUUUUGGCUUAUUAUUUAGACAUUUAUUCACAUGACAAGCCUAUAAUCAAUUCUCUAAACCAUCAAAUGGUGCAGAUGUACACAGAUUAAAAUAAGAUCGCCAUUUAAUGAUUUAAUUUAACAAUGAUUCUUAAUUAACAAGUAACGUUGCUACAAUAAUAAACAAUCUAUGUCAAAACUUCAGUGAUAACGUUGCUCAGAAUAAAGUAAUUUGAAUGAAAUUUUCAAUAUAUUCAUUUUGAAUUAUCUAUUUUUGAACUAUUAUGGUAAUCCCUUUACCAAACAAAAUCUUACAUAAUGCAUCUUUAACAGACAACUCUAUGUCAGAAUUUAACUUUACCUAUUAAUUGCAUAGGACUAUAUCUUAUAGAGCUUUUAAGCUUGUACAGAGAGGGGACGGAUGCGAGGUCAAUGUCAAGUGUGGGUGAAUAUAAGUACCCUUUAAUUUCGUUAUCACGAAGACCUCAGAAGACCUGGGUUAUGCCGGUCCAUCAAUUUAUGUUAAAAUGAUAUUGUGAUAUUAAUGUCUUAUUAUUAAUAUGCCUUUAAAAUUCAAGUCUGGAGACUUUAAAUGAUGUUAUUGUGUUCAUUUAAUUAUUCCAUUCGAUGUAGCUGGUCUAUACUAAGUCAAAAAUGUUGGGAUAUAAUUUUAAAAUAUUAUUCAAAUUAUUUAUAUCAAUCAUAUUUGUUAUAUUGUCUGUAUAAAUUUGCUUUGAAAGAUAUUGACGCAAUAAAAUACUGCU